GUUGCGUUGUACUGUGUUGAAGUCCUGGAGAAACGUAGGCUGUGUUCCUGGGCAAGGACACAUCCCAGGUUGAACAAUGGUUUUGAUGUCGGUCAAGUUUGACCUGAAGAAGCGAGUAAAGCUCGCUCAGACGGUCUGGUUCAUGUACUGGUUCGCUGUAAUGGCCGGCGUGCUGGUCUUCAGCAUGGGCCUGUUCUUUAAGAUCGAGCUGCGAAAGCGCUCAGAACUUAUGGACAACAAAGAGAGCCACUUCUUGCCCAACCUGCUUAUAUUAAUGGGUCUAAUAGCCUGCGCUAUUAACGCCUUUGGAGGCAAAAUCUGCUACGACUCACUAGACCCUAACAAGUUUGUAAAGUGGAAGUCCAUGUUGAAGAGCUUCUUGGUGUCAUGCAUGGUGUUCAACGGCCUACUGUUCAUGACGGCCCUGCUGUGUUUCUUGAUGAGGAUUCCUCUGCAGUUCACCCUGGCUGAGGGGCUGAAGAACGGCAUGAAGUACUACAAGGACACGGACACACCGGGACGCUGCUACAUGAAGAGGACCCUGGACCUGAUGCAGAUGGAGUUCCGUUGCUGCGGAAAUGACAACUACAGAGAUUGGUUUGAGAUUCAGUGGGUUAGCAACCGCUACCUGGACUUCGGGGCAAAGGAAGUCAAAGACCGCCUUGGGAGCAACGUGGACGGCCAGUAUCUGAUGGAUGGGGUCCCGUUCAGCUGCUGUAACCCCAGCUCCCCCAGACCCUGCAUCCAGAACCAGAUGACCAACAACACUGCCCACUACAGCUACGACCACUACACGGAGGAGCUCAACGUGUGGAAGCAUGGCUGCCGGGACGCCAUGCUGUCCUACUAUGGAGGCCUGAUGAAUACCAUCGGAGCCCUGGUGCUGCUGGUCACUAUACUGGAGGUUGCUGUGACCAUCGGCCUGCAGUACGUCAACAGCUCCCUGUCCACCCUGGCUAACCCGGAGGACCCGGAGAGUGAGAGCGAGGGCUGGAUCCUGGAGAAGACUGUGAAGGAGACGUUCACCGACAUCAUGGCCACGAUGAAGUCCAUGGGCAAAGGCACAAAGGUGGAGGAGGGGGGCGAGGCAGCGGUCGCCACAGUCAGCUGAGCUAACCCCUCCUGCAAAAAACUGACAUCACUCCCACCUGAAAAGGAGGGGAAGGGGGGGACGUGUGAGAUUGCUACGUUUUUUUCUACCAACAUUUAUCAUGUAGACACUACCACACACACACAAACACAUAUUUGGGUUUGAACUCCUUUUAAAUGGACUCCUUUCAAAUGGACUCCUUGCAUAAAUAAUUAUAAACGGUAUAUUCAUACAUAGAGAGAGAGAUAAUGUGUAGGACGAGUUAUGUGAUGGUUUUUCAUUUUGGUAAUCCCCAACCAAACCAAUCCAUCUCAGGCUUCCAACUGUCCAACUUUGUGAAGAGACACUCGGUGGGGUUGGAUCUUUUCAAAAAUGAUGAGUCAAUUAAAUGUGUUAUGUAUUGAUAAAUGGCAGAUGUUUUGCAAUCACAAGUAAAUACGUAAUUUCUUUCCAUUGUAUUGUUGUCAGAUAGUUUGGCGGGGAUGGUGGUUGCAUGAUGGUGCAGAUGGAAGAUAUUUACAGCCCAAGAAACGCAGUGUUUUAUUUUUGUUGACCUGUCUAUAGUACUUUGGCUCGUAGCUGAUACUGUAUAUAAACAAUGCAAACAAAUUAACCGCCCCACUCAGCUCUUUUUAUACUCCAGUCCCCCGAUGAAGACUGGAUAAGCUCCUGAGAUGGAGUAAAAUUAUGAAUUGAAUGAAUCGGUAUGAAUUAUGCGUGAAUGUUCCGGCACACGGUCGAAGAGCGAGGCAUGGGAACUGGGAUGUGAGCCCUGUAGAGAGGCAGGGCCAACACCAAACCUGUGGAGGAUGACUGAAUUUGGCAGCUAAAUCUUGGCUCCUGACCCCUGUACUGUAAUCUCAGAUCCUCUUUGGUGUUUCCUUUGUGCAUUCAGUAUCUGUAUAUUGACACACAUGUAUGUAUAUUCUAACAACUGGGUUGCUGUCUUUGUACAUAGUGUA